AUGUCUAAGUGCCGGGCGCGGCGCAGCGGGGCUGAUGAACCGAGCCUCUUCUUCGGCAGUGCGCGCUACCACAGAGGUCAUCGUUUGGUGGCGCAGGGCUACAAGUAUGAGAAUCCCAAGUAUCCCUUUGUGAUCAAACACCAAAGAACUGGAAUCUGGAUGUGGACGUUUGCCAUUGACGUGCGAGAGAAGGCCGGUCACAAAGGUCUGUGUGAGGGUGAUUUUGUCCUCUAUCACUACACUGACCUGGCAUCCUUUCGCAAAAUCACAAACCUUGAAGAUUCCAAGCUCCUGGCGAACAUGGAUGUAAAGAAGGACAGCUAUUUUGGCUUUGGUGUUUAUGCGACUGUAAAAGCGCCUCACGAAUGGAACUCCAAAGACGAGGUCCGUCUCAAUAACUACUACCCAACGGCUGAAAACUUUCAGAGAUCGAAAAGCAUAGAGCUGCCUGGGCAUGAUAUAUCCUUGGAUGAUGCACUGCAAGGGGCGGUUGGAGACUAUGUGAAGCAGAACUAUCAAGGCAAGACGGAUUGCUGCAUCCCAUUGAUUGUGGACAAACAGGUGGCCAAGAAUGCCAUGGAAGAAGUCACUGAUGGUGCUUUGAUGCCUAACCGCAGAAAGAGGCUGGCGGGGCGCAACUGCUUCGGUGAGGUGCAGCCAAGUUGGCGUGACGUUUGGCUUAUCUCCAUCUACAACCAGAGUCAAGACAUUACGACUUUGGAAAACGCCCAGCAGUCAUGGCUGGGUAUCGUCGAGAUCUUGGAGAAACGCCUAGAGAGCGACCAAGACGUUGAGGAUUAUGUGAAGUACGGCAUGCAGAAUUACCCGCAGAUACAAAAGCGACUCUUGGUCAAAGUCAUCGAGUUGAACCCCACGGAUGCACUUGCAUACAACAACCUUGGUGCUCAGCUGUCUAGAAAGGAGAAGAUCCUGGUGUGGCGGAAUGGUGAGAGCAAAUGGGCCAGGAAUAGAGAUCUAUACAAGGAAGCCAUCGAGCUGGAUAAUGGCUGUGUGCCUGCAUACCGCAAUCUAGCCCUAACCCUUCCAAAUAACCACUUGGAGAUUGAGCUGCAGCUGAAAGAAGGAGCCACACAUUUUAGAAAGAGCGAUCUGCUCUUGAAAGCCAUCAAGCUGGACAGUGCCUGUGCGUCUGCCUACCGCAACUUGGGCUUGACCCUUCCAAACAACCGCAGCAAGAUUCAAGUGCAGCUGAAUGGUAAAACUGGUGAAACCAUAGACUUCACCAAGAGAGACCUGUUCUUGGAAGCAAUAAGGCUCGACAACGGCCACGCACUUACGUACCUCUAUCUCGGCUUGGCCCUUCCAAACGAGCGCAGCAGGAUUUGGGUAGAUCUCAAAGAGAGGCCCAGGUACUUCACACAGAGAGAUUUGUUCAAAGAAGCGAUUCGGCUUGACAAUGACUGUGCAUCUGCGUAUCGCAGCCUAGGCUUAUCUCUUCCAACGGAUGAUAGCGAAAUCUUGGUGCAGCAGGGAGACAGUGAUAGAUGGUACACUAAAAGGGAGCUCCUUUUGCCACCUGUGCAGCCCAGAACACACUGGAGAGAUCCAUCGAAAGCGGGUCGCCGAAAGUUGGAGCUUAGUGGAGAUUCAUCUGUCGACAACAGGUGUAUAGGAAGCUUGGCCAUCGGAUGA